AUGGCCAAGGUUGACCACAAAGUCGCAUUGAUCGUCAUUGACGGUUGGGGUAUCCCUGGUCCCAGUUCUCCUCCAGAGGGAGAUGCGAUCGCCGCCGCAGAGACGCCGGUGAUGUCGUCCUUUGCCGACCCCAGCGCCAAGGUCGCGCAAGGAUACACAGAGCUUGACGCUUCUUCUCUCGCUGUUGGUCUGCCAGAAGGUCUGAUGGGAAACAGCGAGGUCGGCCACUUAAACAUUGGUGCUGGCCGCGUUGUCUGGCAAGACAGUGUUCGCAUCGACCAAACCCUCAAGACUGGCAAGUUGAACCAGAUCGAGAACGUUAAAAGGUCCUUCCAGCGCGCUAAAGAUGGUAAUGGGCGCUUGCAUUUCCUCGGUCUCAUUUCCGACGGCGGUGUCCACUCGCAGAACAAACACUUGUAUGGGCUCCUCCGGGUCGCUAAGGAGAUCGGAGUACCCAAGGUGAUCAUUCACUUCUUCGGCGAUGGCCGAGAUACCGAUCCCAAGAGCAGCGCAACAUACAUGCAGGAGCUAUUGGAUAAGACCAAAGAACUUGGAGUGGGCGAGCUUGGCACUGUUGUUGGUCGUUACUACGCCAUGGACCGCGACAAGCGCUGGGAUCGAGUUGAGGUGGCUUUGAAAGGUGUGGUUGUUGGCGAGGGCGAGGAAAGCAGUGACGCAGUCAAGACUAUCAACGAACGGUAUGAUAAGGGCGAGACGGACGAAUUCUUGAAGCCCAUCAUUUUCGGCGGCAAAGAAAACCGAGUGCAAGACGGAGAUACUCUCUUUUUUUUCAACUACCGUUCUGACCGUGUCCGUGAAAUCACCCAGUUGCUAGGUGACUUCGACCGCUCCCCAAAACCAGACUUUCCAUAUCCCAAGGACAUCCACAUCACUACCAUGACCCAGUACAAAACUGACUAUACCUUCCCCGUUGCUUUCCCCCCACAACAUAUGGGCAACGUCUUGGCUGAAUGGCUUGGAAAGCAGGGAGUGAAGCAAAGCCACAUCGCAGAGACUGAAAAGUACGCCCACGUUACCUUCUUCUUUAACGGUGGUGUCGAAAAGCAAUUCCCUGGAGAAGAGCGGGAUAUGAUCCCUUCCCCCAGAGUUGCCACCUAUGAUCUCGAGCCUAAAAUGAGCGCUGCUGCCGUUGGAGAGAAGGUUGCUGAGCGCAUUGGCGAGGGCAAAUUUGAUUUCGUCAUGAACAAUUUUGCCCCCCCAGAUAUGGUCGGUCACACCGGUGUUUAUGAGGCGGCCAUCGUAGGUGUUGCCGAAACCGACAAGGCUAUUGGCCGUAUCUUUGAGGCUUGCAAGAAGGAUGGAUACAUCCUCUUUGUCACAUCUGACCAUGGAAACGCGGAAGAAAUGCUCAACGAGAAGGGCAAACCCAAGACUUCACAUACUACCAACAAAGUUCCGUUUGUCAUGGCCAAUGCUCCUGAGGGUUGGAGCUUGAAGAAAGAGGACGGUGUAUUGGGAGAUGUUGCCCCGACUAUCCUGGAGGCCAUGGGUAUUGAGCAGCCAGAAGAGAUGAGCAGCCGCAGUCUCCUUAUCAAGUCAUAG